AAAUAUACUGAACGGUAUUGAAAAAAUUGUGAACCUUGAUCGAAAUGUAGCAGAUGUUGGUCUGUUUUCGUGUUUAUUUCAGUUUUAUCUACACAGUGGACAGUUGUUUAUCUUUGAAAUGACAGAGAAGAUACUUCCAGUCGAUAGCAAAGUCCAUGAACUUAAGUUAGGUUCAAGUUUUGAUCCUAAAUCUCGAGUUGCCUUCCACUCUUUCCGCUAUGAUUUCAUGCCAGCAUCGGUUGACACGUCACAACAAGGACUGGUGGAUGUUGGGGAGGGGCACCAGGUGACAGUGGGACUUCCCCACGUCGAGGGUUCUGGUACAUCACACACCAUGUACAAAGGCAACAAGCGGCCGAGUCCUAAAGAAUGCGUUCUAAUUAUAGACCAUCAGACAGGGGCAUUCACUUUGGAGAGACUCUCCAACACCGUCAACUUAAAAAAGACCAGAAUGGAAGGCAGUAGUAAAAUAUCCCAGAGCAGCCGACCUUUGACCCCUGUGGAUGUCAACAAGAGAUCCCCAGUCAAACAGAAAGCAGUGGCCUCGUCUUCAAUCAGCGUCAGUCCCCCGACCCCCCAAGUAGAGUCCCCGACCGUCACCCCCGUACACGAUGACCCAAAAAUGGAAGACUCCCAGAAACCGGAACAGAGUUGGAUUGGAUUUAUCAGCAGCAGUAGUGACUCAUCCAGCGAAUCGGAUAACUCGGCUAGUGACUCAGAAGACGAAUCAAAAACAAACAAUGUUACAGAUAAAUCAGGACAGGGUUUGUUUGGAUCCCAGCCUCUCUAUCAGUCAGCCCCUCCUGUUACCUGUGUGAUGUAAUAGUUAUUUUUAGUUUUAUUUGG